AUGGUGGCCAUGAAGACCUUCUCUCUGCUGCUGGUGUCCCUGCUCCUGGCAUUGGUGCUAGGAGAGAAGGAAGAAGGUCACUCCAGGUUCCACACUAAGGCCAGCGACUCCCAACCACGAGGCCCCAGGUACGCUGAAGGCACUUUCAUCAGUGACUAUAGCAUCGCCAUGGACAAGAUCCGCCAACAAGAUUUUGUGAACUGGCUGCUGGCGCAGAAGGGGAAGAAGAGCGACUGGAAACACAACAUCACCCAGAGGGAGGCCCGGGCCCUAGAGCUGGCCCAUCAAUCUAACAGGAAGGAGGAGGCAAGGGGGGAGCGGGGCUCCCUACCCAAGAACCCCAGUGAUGACGGUUUGCUAAAGGAUUUACUGAUUCGAGAGCUGCUGUCCUGGAUAGUGGAUCAGAUGGAGUUCUGCAGGCUCAGCAAAAUGGGCAACGGUGAGAACGGCACAAGUGGAGACUGGGCAGGUGGGCAGAGGCAGGGCCUCAAAGGCCAUGUUAAAGCUUUGAGAGUUUAUCCUCAGUGCAAGGACAAGUACUUGAAGGAUUUUAAGCAGGGGCAGGUCAGAGAAGAUCUAUUUGCAUCCCCGAACAAUCACCCUGAUGAUGGUGAGAAUGAUAUUGAGAUGAAGAGGGAUGAAUGUGGAAGAGGCUCUUAA